GCCGCUGUGUUCUCCCUGCCGGGCUCGUAGCGGAAGAAGAGCGUCGCUAACUUACCCCGCUAGGCUACUAAGCCGCUUCGCUUCGGUUUUGGGACUGAAAUUUCCAGAUUUCCACCAAAAUGCCGGCGGUGUCUAAAGGGGACGGGAUGCGCGGACUGGCCGUCUUCAUCUCGGACAUUAGAAACUGUAAAAGUAAGGAGGCAGAGAUCAAAAGAAUAAACAAAGAGCUGGCCAACAUUCGUUCUAAGUUUAAAGGAGAUAAAGCUCUGGAUGGUUACAGUAAGAAGAAAUACGUCUGUAAGCUGCUCUUCAUUUUCCUGUUGGGCCACGACAUCGACUUCGGCCACAUGGAGGCAGUCAACCUCCUCAGCUCCAACAAAUACACAGAGAAACAAAUAGGCUAUCUGUUCAUCUCAGUGCUGGUGAACAGUAACAGUGACCUAAUCAGACUGAUCAACAAUGCCAUAAAGAACGACCUGUCCAGCAGAAACCCCACCUUCAUGAACCUCGCCCUGCACUGCAUCGCUAACGUGGGCAGCAGGGAGAUGGCAGAGGCUUUUGCGGCAGAUGUACCACGCAUCCUGGUGGCCGGGGACACGAUGGACAGUGUGAAGCAGAGUGCAGCUCUAUGUUUAUUACGACUCAACCGCACCUCUCCAGACCUCAUCCCUAUGGGGGAGUGGACAUCGCGCGUUGUUCACCUUCUCAACGAUCAGCACCUGGGAGUGGUGACUGCUGCAACUAGUCUCAUCAUCACCCUGGCCCAGAAAAACCCAGACGACUUCAAGACUUCUGUUUCGCUGGCUGUGGCCAGACUCAGCAGGAUUGUCACUUCGGCAUCCACAGACCUGCAGGACUACACAUAUUAUUUUGUUGCUGCACCAUGGCUGUCAGUGAAGCUGCUUCGUCUGCUGCAGUGUUAUCCUCCUCCAGAGGAUGCAGCGAUUCGAGGACGUCUAACCGAGUGCCUGGAGACGAUUCUGAACAAAGCACAGGAGCCUCCAAAGUCCAAGAAAGUUCAGCACUCCAACGCCAAGAAUGCUGUGCUGUUUGAAGCCAUCAGUCUCAUCAUACACCAUGACAGUGAGCCGACAUUGCUAGUCCGUGCAUGUAAUCAGUUGGGUCAGUUCUUGCAGCACAGAGAGACGAACCUGCGCUACCUGGCUCUGGAAAGUAUGUGCACCCUUGCCAGUUCAGAAUUCUCCCACGAGGCAGUCAAAACGCACAUCGAGACUGUAAUUAACGCCCUGAAGACCGAGCGGGACGUGAGCGUACGGCAGCGUGCAGUUGACCUUCUUUACGCCAUGUGUGACCGCAGCAAUGCCAAACAGAUCGUUGCAGAGAUGCUCAGUUACCUAGAAACAGCCGACUACUCAAUCAGAGAGGAAAUCGUCCUGAAAGUGGCCAUUCUGGCAGAAAAGUAUGCAGUGGAGUACACCUGGUACGUGGACACCAUCCUGAACCUGAUCCGCAUUGCUGGAGACUAUGUGAGCGAGGAGGUUUGGUACAGAGUCAUUCAGAUUGUCAUCAACAGAGAUGACGUGCAGGGCUACGCCGCCAAAACUGUGUUUGAGGCUUUGCAGGCUCCAGCCUGUCAUGAAAACCUGGUGAAGGUGGGAGGGUACAUUCUGGGCGAGUUUGGAAACCUUAUAGCAGGAGACCCGCGCUCCAGUCCACUCAUACAGUUUAACCUGCUCCACUCAAAGUUCCACCUGUGUUCAGUCCCGACUCGGGCGUUGCUCCUCUCGGCUUACGUGAAGUUCAUCAACCUCUUCCCUGAAGUCAAAGGCACCAUACAGGAAGUGUUGCGCUCUGACAGUCAGUUGAGAAACGCUGAUGUGGAGCUUCAGCAGCGAGCUGUGGAGUACCUGCGUCUGAGCUGUAUCGCCAGCACAGAUAUACUGGCGACGGUACUGGAGGAGAUGCCGCCUUUCCCUGAGCGAGAGUCUUCUAUCUUGGCGAAGCUGAAGAAGAAGAAAGGUUCUGGAACUGUGUCUGAUGUGGAGGACACUCGCAAAGAGCGCAAUACCAACGUCAACGGCAGCACUGAUCACACCACAGCCACAACAAACACCAAGCCCUCCCCUUCCUCUUUCGUUUCUGAUCUGUUGGCUGCAGCUCCACCCCCUACCAACAGGCCACGCCCUGUUCCCUCCUCCUCCAUACUGCACAUGCCCCUCUCCCCCUUGUCCCCGCAGGCUUAUGCAGUUCACAGUGCUGCGCCCCUCACCCCCUUCUACCAGGUUACUUCUUCUCCAUCUUCAGAUCUUCUGGGCUUGGGAAACAGCUCAGCAGUAAACUCAGGUAGUCCGCCAGCUGCCUCCAAUGCAGCCAGCCUGCUGGUGGACGUGUUCUCAGAAAGCCUGCCUGUAGCACCUUUGGGUACUGCUUCUGCACCCAUCAUUGAGGAAAACUUCUCAAGGUUCGUCUGUAAGAAUAACGGAGUUUUGUAUGAGAAUCAGCUGCUACAGAUCGGCCUAAAGUCAGAGUUCAGACAGAAUUUGGGCCGCAUGUAUGUGUUCUAUGGAAACAAAACAUCAACGCAGUUCCUGAAUUUUUCAGCCUCUGUGGUCUGCCACGAGCCCCUCAAUGCUCAGCUGAAUGUUCACACUAAAACUGCUGACCCUGUAGUGGACGGAGGCGCUCAGCUUCAGCAGAUCCUCAACAUUGAGUGUUUAUCUGACUUUGUGGAAGCACCGGUGCUUAAUAUUAAUUUCAGGUACGGAGGCAGUGUGCAGAAUAUUGCCGUUAGGCUGCCGGUCACUCUCAACAAGUUCUUCCAGCCCACAGAGAUGAUGUCUCAGGACUUCUUUCAACGUUGGAAACAGCUCAGCGAUCCCCAGCAGGAGGUUCAGAAGAUCUUCAAAGCUAAGCAUUCCAUGGACACAGAGAUCACCAAAGCCAAGAUCAUUGGAUUUGGGACAGCGCUGUUGGAUGGAGUAGACCCGAAUCCUUCUAACUUUGUGGGCGCUGGAGUGAUCCACACUAAGACUAUACAAGUCGGCUGCCUUCUGAGACUAGAGCCCAACACGCAAGCACAGAUGUACCGGCUCACGCUGAGGACCAGUCGAGGGUCCGUGUCCCAGCGGCUCUGCGACCUGCUCUCGGAACAGUUCUGAUUGCUCGUCUGGUGGAAGAUGGGUCCUGAAUGUGUACUGAGUCGUAUAGACCUUCUCCCUGUGCUUCCCUAACGCACUCCUGACGGCCAGAUUGACCUAUUUGAAGCACCUCCCUCUUUCACUUCUGUUACCUUUCAUAUAUAUCCUCAUAUAAACCAAUAUUAACUCAAUGUACAGUGUAAAUUUCCUGAUGCUUUUAUUUUUUACUCAUAUAUAAAUGACCCUUUUUUCUUCU